AAUCUGUGAGCAACAAAUACCUUUCUAGCCACUGUGUCAAACAGGGCAUAUGAAAAACAUGUCCGCAAAUGGUUGAAAAAAUAUCGUCAUUUCGAUCCAAAAGGGAAAUACAAAUUGCGCAAGAUGAGCUCUGCAUUUUAUCCGCGAAACUAGUUAAACAUAAUCAUAAACCAAUCAACAACGGAGUCUAUUUCCCCAAAAACUAUUCUAAUAAAAUACCGGCCUUUGCUUUCACAACGAUUGAAGGUUUUAGACGCUAUUUAUUAGAUACUCAGAUAGAGAUGACAGAAUUAGUCACAGAUGCGCUGCCAGCGCAAAUAAAUAUUCCCGAAUCAGAUCAGGACUUGGAGAUUGAUUUGGAGGUAUUGAAAAGCAUCGAAAAAGCCUUAGAAGAUUACGAGAAAUUGAGUCUUCUUUUUCUAAUACUAGAGGAUUUUCACUGCUUCAAAGACGUUUCUGCUGCAUUCUGCAAGCAAAAUGUGGAGGACAUUCUUUCUAGGUUCGUUGAAAAAAUCGACAACUGGCAAACAAAGUUCUUUGAGGCCCUCUGCAUCACAAAAUCAAAACGCGAAAUAAGAAUGCUGGGAAAAAACUACGAAGAAUUGGAGACGAUUUAUGUGCCUCAGGUCAUGACAACUGACCCAUCAAUCUCGAGCAGGCCUCGAGUCCAUCCAGGAGCGAGAAUGUUAUUUCAACUAUUUGAUGAUGUCCUCGAUGAUCAGCAAAGAGAACUGCUUUUGAAGAAAAUUUAUGGGGAGAUUCGGCCCCCUGAGCUAAAGAACGAUGAUCCUCUGGAAAUUCAUGCCCUGUACUGGGUAGAGCAAGACUACAUCGCCCUGUAUCCAGACGGCCGAGGGAACUUUCAAAACAUUUUAAAAUUUCUGAAGUCCCUGGGACUCUCGGACUGUCCUAUCUACCUGGAUCUUCAAAAAUACUCCGAAAAAACUUCCCCGAGAGUCGCUCUCGCUCCCAAAAAUUGCCACUCACUCUCCAAAAAUCCCAAUAAACCCCUCACCCUUCCCCCAGUCGCCAAUCUGAUCCAAAAGGCCUAUGUCAUUAUCCUCAACGUCAUUACUGUCCCCAAAAGUGAAUACGAGAGUAGGACCAGCAGCAAAGUCGACGUCGCCAGACUUGACGCCACCUUCCACGGACUGGGGUACACCGUCCACAUCUUCGAUGAACCCACGAGUACCCAGAUAACAGAGAUUUUCAACGAUUUGACAAGAAAGUUCGACAGAAGCAAAUAUGACGGUCUCAUCGUCUGCAUCCUGAGCCAUGGAGUCGAGGGGCAUUUUGUGUCGCAUGAUAACGUGGAGGUGCCACUGCGCUCCAUCGAAAGGGCUAUUUGCAUUCCCCAUCUCCAGAUGAUUCCUAAAAUCGUUUUGGUACAGGCCUGCCAGGGGAACAAACUAGGACAGGUCAUCAGGAAUGAUCUUGUGUCUGAUGGACCCACUGAGAACCGAAGGGCGAAGUGCAUCAAUAUCCUAGAUUAUAAGCGGUUCCUGCAAUUCUCCGCGACGAUGAGAGCCUGCAAAGCCAUCCGACACAAGCAGACAGGCUCAUGGUUCAUCAAUGCUGUCUGUGCUGUAUUUCGUGAGCCCAGAGAGCAGGACUCUCCUCUGUCCAUCAACAAGUGGGCCCAAAGGGUCCAGCAUCUUGUCACGUUGAAUGAAGGGGAGUUAGAGAAAGGCCUCAUUGCCGCGCAGCUUCCGGAACUCUACAGCCGGUUCAGUGAAGAUUUUUACUUUCCAGUUUAUCGAGGGGAAGCUUAAAAGGUAGGUGGCAUUACCGAAAUUGCUGGGAUUUUAGAGAAGUUUUGAGGGUCGAGGGUUUUUAAUUCUUUGUAUCUUUGGAUUUAGCUGAUGUGGAUGGAGAAUUAAGAAUUUAAAAAUUCGUUUCGGUCAAUAUUUCUUUUUGAUUGAUAGAAAUGAAAUUUCAAUCACUCUGCCACAACUUUGCAUCAAACGAGGCGACUUCCACCAAUAUGAAAUUAUUUUUAAGAUGGAAACGAAAAAUAACACGUGAAUUUGAAAAAAAAAUUGAAAACGGUGAAAGUCGCUCAACGAAUCUUAAGAUAUUAACAAUUAUAUGCAAAACGUUUCUCCAUUCAACCCAAACGUUGCGUAUUUUGAUCUCUUAAACUUAGGAAAAAAUGUUAAGAGACCUUUUUUGUAACAAAAUUUUCGGUGUCAAUACCAUCGAGCCAAUCCGGACAAUUUUGGUGACUCAGUUUACAACGAGAAUUGCUCUUAUUACAAUUUUUUUUAAUACCUCAAGAAUAUGAUCAGGUAUAUAGUAAUCCCUCCAAAGAGCCAGAGGAAUUUCUACUGACAAAUAUACCAGGAAAAUGAAAAAAAUGUUUAUCUAUUGUUAAAGAAAACCGUUUCAGGGAUUUUUCCAUCUUUACAAUAUAAAUCUAUAUGACAUUAGUUUUAUAUAUUGUAGCCACAGAUCCAAUAUGAAAUAUUUUUCGAAAGAAGUAUUUUAAAAGACUGUGAUACACUUUGUGAUUUUCGCAGAAGAAAAUAUUUGUUAAACAUUUGAAUAAUCUGUAUUAGAUUUAUUUUUAUCGUACUGAUAUCCAGCAAAUCCAAAAACGUUUCUUAUUCAGUUAAAAAGGGACCAGUGGCGCUGAUUUUCUCUUUUUCAGUACCUCGAGAAUUUCAUCAGGUUCUCAAGGUAAUAAUUGUUGGAGAAAGUCAAAAUAAUUUCUAAUGAUAAACCCAUCCCUGUAAUUUCGAAAUCUUCCAUUUAUUUUUGAGAAAUACUUUUUAAAUGAUGUUUCUAUUUUUAUGAUGCCAAAGUAUGAGUCUUCUAAAUGUCUUAACAUAUUAAAUAUGAACUAUUUUUAUCCGGAAAUAUUGAAAAAGUCUGUCAUGUUGAUGUCAGAGAAAAGUUUGUAUUAGAUAUUUAAAUAAUUAUCGGUAAGGUCACAAUUUUUACGUAAGCUGAAGCUGUAAUUUGAAAUAUAAACGAAAGAAUGGAAGAUCCAACUAAAUUAUUUAUUGACGAAACAGUGAUGUUGUGAGCAAUGAUUUUUUAUUUACGUGUUCAUGGAAGUUGACGAGAGAAAUUUCGAAUUUUCCCAGGGAGUUGAUUACCGACAAUCGAUGAUGACAAAUCUCAUAUGUUAAUUAUGGCAUCAUUUUUCGAAUGAGGUUUCUUGGAUAUUAAAAUUAUCAUUCAAUCCAAUUCUUCAUUGAUAAAUUGUCGAGAAUAAAUUUCUUUGGUUGUUCUUUUUUUACGAUACUUUGUUCUUCACUGUCAUGUGAACAGCGAAAUUGUAGAGAUGUGAAAAUUUAUGAACAAUUAGAUAUACCAUUCCCAGGUAUAAGCUUAUCGCUAUCGUGAGAAACAGAUCGAAUACGGCUGGUUUAACGCUGAAACAAAAAAUGAAUUUGUGUUAAAUUGGGUUUCGAAGAAAAAUACGAUACUUGUUGGCCGAGAAAAAUAAUUUUCCAAUUUAAUGCAAAAAUUAAUAACGAAUGUACCUUCCGGACAUACUGAUUAAUUUUUCAACGAAGCGAAUUAAAAAACAUGACUUGAUUUAUUUUGCAAAAACCUUAAUAAAUAAAAAAAAGAUA